UCUUCUGGCCACUCCCGCCUGUUGGGUGCCCCCACAGCAAGCAGCUUGCUAUGGGGGCACCCGCUGCUCCGUGUGUCCAUUCAGCCCAGCUCCCUCUCUCUUCUCAUUGGCUCACUGGCUGUGAUUGACAGCAGUGGGAGCCAAUGGCUCCCACUUCCAUCUCAGCUAAUGAGAAGAGGGAGUCCCGGGAUAGCUGAGACUCCACUGCACAUUGAUGGAUUGAAAGGGGCUUUGGUGAGUAUUAGGGGUGGCUGGGGGGGAUUCUGCACACAGACAGUUUUUUACCUUCAAGCA